AUGUUGGAAAAGUUCAAUCCAUCAUUCAAUCAUAAUUGUAUCCAUGACAAGGUGUCCCAACAUCUGGCUUACCUACAACCCCAUCAUCCAGCCCCAGCCACAGAGUAUAGCCGUGCUGCUUCCAACACCAACCUCAAAGCCAACAACAACCCAGUUACCAGACAUCCAAUCAGGAUUAUAUUCAACACGACCUUCUUGAGAUCCCCUGAGCCCAAUACAUGUUACUCAGUUGGCCAAAUGAUUGGCAACUACCAAUGUACCGCACGUGAUGUACUCACACCAGAGUUGGCAACACUGAUUGAGAAUACAUUGUUGCCACAUAUCUCCACCACCUAUGGAUCAAUCCUGGAGGUCAAUUCAACAGAGUACACCAACAUCACUUUCAAGGGUACGUGUUCCGGUGAAGGCUACUCAAUGGAUGUUAGGGGAUUCACUGGUGACUAUAUGAUGUACGUCACUUCUCAUCCCACCAGCAGCCCAAACACCAUUGCCUACUCCACUGCCUGUGGAAUCCGUGGAUCCAGUCCAUACUCCCCAUACCUUGGUCUGAUCAACUUUGCACCCAGUUGGUUCUCACUCUUUGCCAACGCCACCUACCUUCAAACUCAUCAAGCUAACUGGAAUUAUCUGUUCCAGGUUGCACUCCAUGAGGCCACUCAUGCACUUGGUUUCUCGGCCUACAUGUACAGCCGAUUCGUUGACAGGACAACUGGUCAGGUGUAUAACACCACCCAGGUUCAGGUUACCACUGAUGGUACAUCACCAUCCGGUCAAGCCUACAGCACCAAGAGAGCAUUCUUGUCAACUCCAGCCGUGAGGGCAUUCGCUCGCCAACACACUGGUUGUGAUACUUUGCCAGGUGGUGAGUUGGAGAACCUUGGUGCAUCGGGAUUCACUGCUGGCAGCCAUUGGAAGGCCUCGCGUAUUGGAGAGGAGUUGAUGCUUGGCUACGCCCAGACUGUGGCGCCACUCACCAACAUGACCAUCUCAUUGUUGGUGGACUCUGGUUGGUACACUGUAUACAACGCCACUGGCAUCAGUCGCUACCUCUUUGGUCUGGACAAGGGAUGUGACUUUGCCAUGAAGCCAUGCUCUGCCCAAACAUGGAACUACACUGGAUACUGGCAGCCUUCCAACCCACAGCUUGGUUCAUACAACAUCUCAUGUUCGGCUACCCGUGCAGCAGUUGGUAUCUCGGCUAUCAUCGAGUACAAUGGAGUGCUCGACCCCUCUGUUCAGCACUUCUCCAAGCCCACCGUUGGCAGCUUCAAUGGCUACAUCUUUGAUUAUUGUCUGUUCAACUCUGCAGAGGGCGCUGCUGCAGGCUACUUCUGCUUCGACACCAGUCGCAAGCCAAGCCAGGACGGCGAGACAUUUGGCCCCAACUCUGCCUGUUUCCUGAGCAACAGCAAUGGAAGUGCGAGUGUCAACACACCAGCAUGUCGACCACAAAGAUGCAACAAUGGUGUGAUUGAGUUCCAAUACCAAGCCAGAUGGUAUGGAUGUCCAAUGGGACAGAUGGUCAAUGCCAGUGGACUAGUUGUACAAUGUCCAAAUGAGAGGCUCUGCCUUCCAGGUAGAGGUGGAAAUGAUAUCAGCAUGUCCUUGUCACUCCAACAACACAUGAGUCCAUUGAUCAUCCUGUUCCUCUUAUCAAUGUCAGUCCUCAUGGUAUUAAUUCAACAACAAAAUUAUUAA